CGCGGGCCCUGGCACUCGAGCUGGCUUCCAGAGCGGCGGCUCCCGCGGGCGCCGGCGGGGCGAGCAGGGUGCGGGGCCCGGCCGGGCAUGCUUAAGCGCACGCUGCUCUCCUGCCCACCCCCAGCAGCACCCCCACUGCAGGCUCGAGGAGCUUUCCGGAGCUUCCCACACUUCUGGGGAGAAGACUUCUUAGCCAGCUUGAUGUUUAAAAUUCAGCUGGAGCCCUUAAAACUCCGAGCGUGGACGCUGAAUGGGUUUGUGAAGUUUCGGAACAAGGAGACCAGCACCGGUCCAGUGGCUGUGAUGGGAAAAGAUUACUACAAGAUUCUUGGGAUCCCGUCAGGGGCCAAUGAGGAUGAGAUCAAGAAAGCCUAUCGGAAGAUGGCCUUGAAGUACCACCCAGACAAAAACAAAGAACCCAACGCUGAGGAGAAGUUUAAGGAGAUUGCAGAGGCCUAUGACGUGCUGAGUGACCCUAAGAAACGGAGCCUGUAUGACCAGUAUGGGGAGGAAGGCCUGAAGACUGGCGGUGGUACCUCAGGCGGCUCCAGUGGCUCCUUCCACUACACCUUCCAUGGGGACCCUCACGCCACCUUUGCCUCCUUCUUUGGCGGCUCCAACCCCUUCGAUAUCUUCUUUGCCAGCAGCCGCUCCACUCGGCCCUUCAGUGGCUUUGACCCCGAUGACAUGGAUGUGGAUGAAGAUGAGGACCCGUUUGGCGCCUUUGGCCGCUUUGGCUUCAAUGGGCUAAGCAGGGGUCCAAGGCGAGCCCCAGAACCACUGUACCCCCGGCGCAAAGUGCAGGACCCCCCUGUGGUGCACGAGCUGCGAGUGUCCCUGGAGGAGAUCUACCACGGCUCUACCAAGCGCAUGAAGAUCACAAGGCGGCGCCUCAACCCUGAUGGGCGAACGGUGCGCACCGAGGACAAAAUCUUACACAUCGUCAUCAAGCGUGGCUGGAAGGAAGGCACCAAGAUCACCUUCCCCAAAGAGGGCGAUGCCACGCCCGACAACAUCCCUGCCGACAUCGUCUUCGUGCUCAAGGACAAGCCCCAUGCACACUUUCGCCGGGAUGGCACCAAUGUGCUCUACAGCGCCCUGAUCAGCCUCAAGGAGGCGCUGUGCGGCUGCACCGUGAACAUUCCCACCAUCGAUGGCCGAGUGAUCCCUUUGCCCUGCAAUGACGUCAUCAAGCCGGGCACCGUGAAGAGACUGCGUGGGGAGGGCCUUCCCUUCCCCAAGGUGCCCACUCAGCGGGGAGACCUCAUCGUGGAGUUCAAAGUUCGCUUCCCGGAUAGAUUAACACCACAGACUCGACAGAUCCUUAAGCAGCACCUACCCUGUUCCUAGGCUCUGGCCCGCUGGUGCAGAGUCUACCACAGCAAUACCCCACACUCAUCUAUCCAGUGUGCGCCCAGCUUGACAUCCACUGGACACUGGCAACUUUUUCUAAAAUGCAAAAAAAACCACUGGUUUUCAGGAUAGUGUUCCUGCCCCUGACCCUUUUCAGAGCUGGGCUGCCUUGGGGAAUGGGAGGGAGGUGGGGAAAGCUAGCCCAGGCCAGGGGUCAAUUUUCAUGUCACUAGCUUUGAAUCCAGUUUCUACUCCAGUGGCCAGGAGUGGCCUGAGUGCUACUUGAAGAUAUAGAUCCCUUGUCUGUGCCUGUAAAUAGCAUGUCCGCCUCCUCCUCCGCCCUGCUGAUACCUUUCCUCUCCCUUCCCUUCGCUUCCUCCUGUCUGGGGGAGGAAGAGGAUACAAAGGACACUGGCCUCGCACCCCCUCCCCUGGAUCCACAGUGUCCAGGUUAUCGCACACAUAUCCAUGCCCACGAAGCACUCAUCGGGAGCUGUGCGUACCUCUCCGUGAGAUAAGAGGCGAGGAGACAGGAAGGGAAAGUCGGCACCCUCGAACAGGGCCACUGUGCACGAGACACUUUUCAUUUGUGGGAGGGAGAUGAACUGACCCUCAGCAGUCUCCCCCGCAGCUGCCCAGCCUGCACCCGGCAGAGCCGGUGGUUCUGCCUUCCCUGCUGCUCUGAGGAAUGUCCAAGGGUGCGGAAAGGGAGGAAGCGCUGAGGUGGACAGGGCCCACCUCCCAGUUCCUCCAGAAGGGAAAGGGCUUUGGGGUCCGGUGGCAGCUAUUCCCCCACAAGAGAUUCAGGGCCACAGGUUUCUCCCCACACCUCUGAACUCAGGGCCUCGCCCCCCCAACUUCCACGUCCCACUUUUGUGAUAUGUGAAGCUACUCGUUUCCCACCCUCCUUGGAGGCUGAGUGGGGGAUUCCAGCCCCUCUAUGCCUGUGUGACCCCACCCUGCUCCCCAGGUGUACAAACGUCACGAGUGAAGGGGCUGGGAGAGCACUGCUUCAGCUGGCUCUGGGGUGGGGUCCUUGGGUUUCCUCACUUUGACAAGCCCCUGAAUGUUUUUAUAGUAGUUUUUUUUGUAUCUUUUGUAAUGACAGUAUUAUGAAAAAUAAAGUAUUUUAAAAAUACGGCACCUGAGCAGAAGCAGUGAACCUGGAGUGUAAGAGGCACGGUGCGCGGUGCUGCCCUCGGGCUCCCUCAGGACCCUGGUCACCUGCGAGAGGCCAAGCAGACCUUCGAGUACAAGCAGAAGCUGCCUCCUGCCUCUAAGCUCAGACUCCUGGGAUUCCAAAGUUACUCAAGUACAACAAAGACAAGAGACACCCCUCAUCUCUCAGAAUAGACAGGCCACUUGGAAGAAAACAUACCCCUGGUCCUGACAGAGAAAAUCCUCUUCAGAAGAUGUGUCAGUGUGAGAUCUAUUGUAACAGACUUUAUUUUUUUGUCUGAAGUAUCUCUUUGGGUUAGAGAAUUUUCUUCCAGAAGAGGAAUUUCCCUUCCUUCCUUUCUUUCUUUUUUGGCUGGCUAGAAAAGAUUUUUCCCCAAAGACCAGGCCUGGGCAGUAGAGAUGAUGACUAGAGGUUGCUGAUAUCUUUGGCCCAAACUAGUGGGGCCUGAAUGGAGACCUGAGCUCCCGGGAGACUGAACUCACCUUUCCAGAGAUGUCUGUCCUGGAAUCUGACCUGCCUGUCCCUGUUGAGACAAGUCUGGCCCUCUGCUGAGAUCCCUUGGGAGGUGAUUCUGCACCCUGCCACUCUUGUCCUUUCCCAUGGGCCUGGCUGGGAAGAGCUCUGCGGUUACAGCUCUGCAGCCUCUGCCUGGGCCAGGAUUUCCUCCUGGACUGACCUUCCUCUGGGCAUGACAGCUGCAUCUCCAGAUUGAGGACAUGACAGGCAUGCCCUCCUGAUCUCAGUGUCCCCAGGGCCAUGAAGACAGUGGACACUGACCGGGCUUCGCAGCGACCUUCCAUCCCAGGAAGAGACACUAAAAAAGUUCUUAUAUCUGAAGUAUGUUUUGCAGAAAGCUGUCCCUGCUAAGGCAGAAACUAGGGGGUUUGUGCACAAGGAUGUCUGCUAAUUCCCUGGCCUGGGCAGGGAGACCCCAACCCUGUAUUCCCUGUUCCAUACUCUCUGAGUUUGAGGUGCCUAGGGUAGUCCAUUUGUUCACAUGGGACUAAAGUUUUGCCCUUGAUCUUCCCAGAGGCCUGAAGCUUUGGGAUGUGGAUCUGUUGGCCCAGACCUCUCCCUCCGGCCCUUACGUAGACAUAGGACUGGAGAAGUUGUUGUGUCUUCCCGGAGCACACUCAUGAGACCCCAGGCUGCCUGAGGCAAGCAGCCUUCAGUGAGAAUGCCUGAGGCUGGCUCUCCAACUCCGCCUGCAACUUGAACUUUCCUCUGCUCAGAGGCCGUGCGGGGAUUCUGGUCCUUAAAUGUCUGUGUGGGAGUGGUGGAGGGGAGAAGGAGAAUAUGCAUAGACAUCAGAGUCUAGGGGUAAAGGAUCUGGGGGAGAGACUGGUUCAUCCCAGUCUGGAGGGUAAGGUCUUUAUUGGGUUUUCUUAUUUUAACAAGACCCUGAAUGUUUUAUCUCGUGUGUGUGUGUGUGUGUGUGUGCGUGUGUGUGUGUGUGUGUGUGAGAGAGAGAGAGAGAGAGAGAGAGACUGAUUUUGGUCUUAGUUCUCUCUUGAGUACAUUUAUAACUCAUUUCAUGACCACAACCUAAAGGACUCAACAGUUGUUUCUUUGGGAGUUUUAUUGUUUGUUUUUGUCUCUCCUAAAUAAAGCCCCCCCACUCCCCA